AUCACUUUUCAACUGUCUUGGUUUUUCAUCAGAUAGAGGCUUCUCUUUCCCUCCCUCUGCACGUUUGUGUCUUCUAACCACGUAUACUUGGUGGAUCGGCCGACAACUCUGGUAGACUUCUCCUAGUCUUAAACCAUCACGCCCAACCCGACAGUUUGGAUCGUGUUAGGAUUGGUACAUCCCCUCCUUUCCCUUCCUAGACCAGCUUGUUCCUGGUCUUGGGCUAUCCGUAUUAGGGUACCACCGCGUCUUUUACGGUGGCCUGUCUUAGCAACGCUGGCCCCAAAAAGAGCCGCGCCGCUGGUGUAAUAAUUGUAUCCGAUCCGAGGGGGAUAGAUAAUUGCUGACCUCCCCCACCAAUUAUUCGGCGCCGGUUUACAUUAUUCGACCUUGAAGCUCUUUUAUAGCACUGUUUCUCCAGCCUCAAAUGCUCUUUUGCUGCCACUCGAGCCAUAUCGAGUAGUCCUCUCAAUGGGUGUCUUACCUAGCAUAGAUUCUCGUCCUCGUUUGGUUUUCCCAAAUACUCCUCCAGAGUCGACAAGCCCAGGCGCAUCGACCUAUUCUACUAACUCAUCUGCGGACCGACCUUGGAUCUCGCCAGCUCCUACAUCGCCAUCCAUGAACAACUAUGACAAGUCUCUGACAACAGAAAUGCCUGCAGAUCAGAAGAUGAAUGGUGAACAGUCAAGGCCAGAGUCGACCACACAAGCUGCGCCUCGACAACAACUUCCUUCCUUGAGUAGUAUCUUCGGACCUCCACCACCAGCUGGCCGACCAGCACACUCGCCCCUUUCAGAGCACAACUCUUAUUCUACUACAUCUCCCCUGGAUCGCACUCGUGCGCCAUCUGGUGACAGACAUCAUUCAACAUCUUACUUCCCGCCCACGUUGUCACCUUCAUUAUCACAACCACGCACCUACGACAACAAGUUCGAAGCGGACCGACACCCAGCCCAUGGCCUCUCACGGUCUUACUCUGGUUCAGCCUCUCCUAGAUUCCGCAAUGGCGAGCAUGCCCGCCAGGAAUCAGUUACUGAAGGGCAACCUGGCCGAUGGUCUGUGCACCAGGAAAGCCGAUCUGAGUACUCUCUAGGAUCUCGAGAUGGUUCAUUUCGACCACCACAGGACCAGUUUCGGCUUCACUUUCCAAGUCCUAAGGAACGUGUGAUUCCCACUUACAACGAUCAGGGGUCUUCACAAGGAGCUCCAAUCCCUCCACCAACACCAAGCACUACGGCGACUGAUGGUGUUCCCUCAAAGGAUGGACUGGGCCCCAAGAUCUGGACCGGAACACAUUUCUUACCUAGAUUUGUCAGGGCCACUGAAGUGCCAGGCGAGGGAAUGUGCUACUUCUACGAUGAUGGCAGUCAUUGCAAGACAGUAAUUGAUGGUGAGGCAGUAAACGCUCACUGGGGUGUAACCAAGGCUGGGAAACCCAGAAAACGACUCGCGAUUGCAUGUGUGACAUGCCGUGAGAAAAAGAUAAAAUGUGAUCCUGACUACCCUCGAUGCGUUCAGUGCGAGAAGUUUGGUCGCGUAUGCAAAUUCAAGAAUGCGCCUCGAGGAGGGCAUAACACAUCACCAUCGACACCGCCGGCUGAGCUUGACGAUGUCAGGACAUUGAAUGGGCCAACCAUACCCAAUGAGAGCGAGAACAGUUCGCCGGUGUCGCCACGAACUACUCUCCGUCCCCAGUCUCCAGAGUCGGGUUCACACAAGAGGCUUCGAUCGGGCUAUGAUAGUUACGUUUCGAUGGGUGAGCCAGUGCACGCACUACCGCCUGUUGAGGCUCCCAGACCUCACGUCCCCUUUCAACCUCCCGCAAUCGAACUCCCUCGAAUUUCCGAAGACGUGCUCAACCAAGCUUGGCGAACUGACCCCUCCCUGUCCGACCCCCAGUCUAUUCGUUCUGUGAUUUCUCACUUUUUCGUCCAUCUCGACAGCACCAUGAUCGUGCGAUUCAUCCCCGAGAACGUCUUCAAGGCAUGGGUUGUAAACCCGGGGCACCGCAAGACGCCGGAGGAUUUGAUGAUCCUGUACAGCAUUCUCGCUGUCGGUGUUGCGCUUUCUGGCGGACCGAAGGCGAUCGCUUUUGAGUACGCGUCUGUUGCGCACUAUGCUCAGAAGUUAACCACAGCCAACUGUAUUCAGUUGGUUCAGACUAGAGUUUUACUGGCACUCUACUAUAUUUCAAUUUCCCGCUCAUCUGAAGCUAGUGAGAUGAUCUCAGCUGCGGUGGCUUCAGCAGCUUGCCUUCAGUUGAACGUUGAGAUCGAAGAGUCAAAGGAAGCCGGCCUCAUCACAUUUCCGUUCGGAAUGAACAAGGCUGGGUACUGUGAAGCCAGGAGAAGGACUUUCUGGUCUCUUUACAUGCUAGAGCGCCUUGACGGUCGCUUUCCUGACCAUUUAGCAAUGAUUAACGCCGAAGAUAUCUAUACCCGCCUCCCCGCCGAUGGUCAGAGCUUCGAGCGUGAGAUGGAUGGAUUCGCUCCUGUCUUCAACCCUUACGUCUCGGGCGUCGCUACCGCGCAAGACCGUGAGCUUGGCAUUUCAGCAUACCUAGUUCAGAUGGUACACAUCUGGUCUAACGACGUAUGCCGGAUUUACAGAAUGGCUCGACGAGCGAAUGUGAUGGAAACGGAUCUGGAGCCAUCCCAACGAAUUCUGAAGCGCAUUCAAGAGUGGCGCAACGCCUUGCCUUCCCGGUUGGCUUUUACCGCUUCAAAUCUUGAGUCUGCAGCGCUAGCAGGGGAGCUGGGACCUUUCUUGACCAUGCACCUUCUUUACAACCAUGCCAUGAUCAAGCUCAGUCGCCAUACGCUGGCAGCAGGACGCCUUUCGCCCCAAACUACAUCCCACAAUAUACAAACAUGCUAUGAACAUGCAACACAAGUAUUGGAUAUGGCCAAGGCACUUGUACGACUUCAUCGUGGAGGCCAGACAGUCCUUAGUGGACCUGCACCAGUUCUAGCCAUGGUUUUGGCGGAAGCUGUUGAUGUUUUUACAGCAAGUGGCCGUCUUUCCCACCUAAGUGACAUUAUUGAGAAUGUGCACAUGGUUCAGGGAGUGGUUCAGGCCAUGUUUGCCAUUUGGGACAAUGUGCGGAACGCGCAAGAGGCGAUUGAUGGACGCCUCGCAAUGCUGCAUCGCAUUCGAGAGCGAGGCAGCCAACCGGUCAGUCCCAUGGAAGGCUACCGAGUUUUUUACAGUUCUGAAGGACGUGAAGAAGAGAAGAUCCUUCGUUGGCAAAUCAACAACCCAAUGGAGAAGCUGUAUCCCCGGGAUAUGGAUACCAUUUACUAUCUUCAAUGAUUUGAGCAAGCGGAUUGCAUGAAAUGCCUGGCACUGGCCACACGACGCUGGUUUCUACCGUUUUUGUAUCAUUUGCAUCUUCCUGCAUUCACGACACUGCAGGCAUGGUGUUGGGCAUCACAUUGGGGGAUAUGGCGUUAUAUACAUAGCAUACGAUGACAGGCAGUCAAUUGACUGGCCCUGUCGCUUGUUUGUUCCUGGAUAGAGGGACUUGUACUGUUUUCUAUAUUAUCCCCAUUGUAUGAUAUAUCUUACUAUGCACAUAAGGGAAGGAGUUCUGGCGUCUUACCCUCUGAGAUUUGAUCUCUCGAGUGGGCUGAGCGUUCUUGAGCCAGGCAGGCACCAAGAUGAUUAGGCAUCUGGUCCACACAAAGUCUGUUGAAAUAUAAUUGACGUCCAAUGUUUUGUUGGACUUGAAGACAAGAUGAUUUUCGGAGCAAAUACUGUUUGCAGCGAGUGACCAACCUGAAUCACCUCGAGUGGUUGUUACAGGCUGAGACAAGACCGUCUGGAGCACUUGCGACAAGGGCCUUGAGUAGUUUCAUGGAUACCAUGUCUAGUGUGCGGCGUGAUCUUCCUGUGACAUGUCCUUCUCAUGUUAGAGCCAGACUCCCAAACCCAUGUGUCGUUCCCACAGUUUACGGCGCUGAUCUCGUAUCUCGGAAGGAUCCUCGCAUCCUCCAACACACACGAACAUGGUACCAAAUUCAGUAAGCACAGAGGCUGCUAUGCUGGGAACAAGCGCUCGGAAAUGCCCCACGAGGGUAGCGUGAAGCCUGUGAUAAGAGGCUUGGCAGAGUAUUGGUUGGCGGGAUAGGGGAAUAUGUGGGUGAGAAUGGACUCGAGGGAAGGGAAUCCCAGCAUCAACUUUGGGGGAGGGUUUGUUGGUUGGGGGCCGUUGAAGCUGUGGGUUGUGUAAGUGGUUCUUGAUGGCCUCAGAGGUGGAACUGAAGGCGGAGGGGGCGGGACAAAGACGGUAUCGUAUCCUCGGCUGAAUGCUCAGCAAGGGCCGGGGGACAUUGUAAUUUCAAAACCGUAGUGUGAUUGAAUUCUAUGCCGUAAGAUAUUGGUUGUUGG